UCUUCCGGUUCGGUAACGGACGUGACGUCACGGGGCAUGUGCGGCUCCUCGGUGGGGAAGCAUCUUCAGCAUGGCGGUGCCGUGGAGCCGAUGCUGGAGGAGCAGCCCUGGAGCGGCUGUGCUGCUGGACUGGUGUUGCGGGUUCAGCAGAAGAGCUUUCACUCACGCGGCUUCAGGAGGCGGAACAACAGAGAGCUCCACCGCUGCGACGCAGGUUUUAUUCCGGCAGGGCCCUGUAUAUAAUUUUAACGAACCAAUGACUAUUGCAAGGUAUGUCAAUGCUAUCCUGGCUGGAGAUUUCAUUCUGUCAGCGGCAUCCAUGGCAUUAGCACGUAUUGGGAACACUACAGUAGUGUCUGUGCUGUCACAAGUCAUAGAAGACCUUGUGCGAGGUGAAUUCAUGCAGCUGGGGUCUAAAGAGAAUGAAAACGAGAGAUUCAAGCACUACCUUGAGAAAACCUUUAAGAAGACCGCAAGUCUCAUUGCGAACAGUUGUAAAGCAGUGUCAAUUUUGGUGAAUUCUGAUCCUGAGGUGCAUGAAAUCGCCUAUCAAUAUGGACGAAAUGUUGGCAUUGCAUUCCAGCUUGUGGAUGACAUUCUGGACUUCACUUCCAGUGCAAAGCGCCUGGGGAAGCCGUCAGCUGCCGAUCUCAAACUGGGUCUGGCCACCGGUCCCGUUCUGUUCGCUUGUCAACAGUUUCCCGAGCUGCAUGCAAUGAUAAUGAGACGCUUCAGCUCUGAUGGAGAUGUGGAUCGAGCCUGGCAAUAUGUCCUGAAGAGUGACGGUGUGGAACAGACUAACUACCUCGCCCAACACUACUGCCAAGAGGCCAUUCAUCAGAUCAGCCAGCUGCGGCCGUCGACAGAGCGAGACGCGCUCAUCCAGCUGACUGAGCUGGUGCUGCGCAGAGACAAGUGAGCCUGGACGCAGAGCUCCACACUCAGGCAGCUACACCUCUGCAGGACCACGCCGGGGCUUCAGAGAUCAAACAAUCACAUUUACAUGGUCACUGUAUGCUUGACCGUACUGUAAACACACAGCCCUGACCUCCGUUAACCUCUGGAGAGGUGCUCUACUGGUACGGAAGAACAGAGAAACUCUGUGAAAUCAUUGUAAUUCCAGGUGUAGCACAGAUGGAGGUGCUACCGUCACGUGUGUGUGUGUGUGUGUGUGUGUGUGUGUGUGUGUGUGUGUGUGUCUAUGUGGAUCCUUAAACAUCCGUCCACACUAGGAAAGGCCAAACAUCUUUGAUGUCGAAGAUGUUCUUGUUAAUGUACUUCAAGUGUAUCAAGUGCUUAAUAACAACCAAGGCCUUAAACCUCACUGGCUAUUUACUCAAAUUAAAAAACGCUAUUUUUUUUAAA